AAGAAGCAGACUACCACUCACGUUUUCUGAGCCUUCAUCAAGCAAACAUCAUGGAAAAAGGUCAGUUCCCUCCACCAGAGAUGGCAGCACCGCCGUACCCUGGGCCCCCCAACAUUGGAAUCUACCAACCACAGCCUGGUACCUCCUACCCUGGUCCAGCUCCACAACCUGGAUACCAGUACAAUCCACAACAGCCUCAGAUGGUCCAGCCUGUGAGCCAGGUGGUGGUGGUGCAGCAGCUGCCCAAAGAUGUCCCAGGACAGAUGGUGUGUCCUCACUGCCACAACACUGUUGUAACCAAAGUGAAGUAUGUAAAUGGCUUGCUCACCUGGUUAAUCUGUGGAAUACUGGGAGUCUUCAUUUGCUGGCCUUGCUGUUUGAUCCCCUUCUGCGUGGAUUCUUGUAAGGAUGUGGAACACUCCUGUCCAAACUGUGACCAAGUCCUGCACAUCCACAAACGCAGGUGAAACAGAGCUGCAGGAUAAACUCUGCUCACAUGACAAGAGAAGGAAUUAAUCAUCCAUGACUCAACAAACAUGUGCAAACCUUUCUAUGCAAAUACGUCAGAUGUCAUCCCUGUGUUUGCUUUGUCAAAUGAGUGCAGUCUCUGCUUUACUCUGUACUGAUUACACUGUGUAUAAAAGAUAGUAGAAGUUUUUAUUUCAGGUUUUUUGAUCUGAUGAUUAAUUUUAAAGACUAGUGCAAAAAUGUGAAAAAUACACUAUUUUCUUCUGACCUGAGUGAUAAAAAAAAAAUACCUUGGAGAUAAAUUGAGUUUAAAAAUGACACAUGUUCCAAUAACUUUAGUUUACAUAAUGUUACUGCAAAUAAAUUCAAAUGAACCUGUUUGUCAUUUAUUGAAUUAAAAGCUUUGGUAGGAUUUAUACUGCAUGUUGAAUGUUUUUUUCAAUAUUUUAGUUCACAUAUUUGCUUACAUAACAUAAUGUACAAUGAACACAAAACAU